GAUCUGUGAACGAGGGCCAGAGGUAUUUUUCUCUCUUGCCCCUCACUUCUCUUCAUUCAUUUGUUUUACCUGGUGCCCGGUACUUCGUCAAGCACGGAAAUUGUAAUCUGAUAUCCAGAAGCAACAACUUCGCCAUGGCAGAAAGAGAAAACGAAAACGAUCUGGCCUCUGGCCAUGGUGCGAGGGGUGAUGCCACCAGACGAGAACAGGACAUGGAACUUUUUGAGGCCUCCCUUAGUACAUCCCAUGCCACCAACAACCGAGAGCCCACAAAGGAAGAUCCUGUGCUGGAUUUGGCCAAGAAAGAGGACAAGGCUGUCUGGGUCUUGAGACUUGUGGUCUUUUUCCUGUUAGCCUCUGUAGCCCUGGCAGUGUGUCUGCUGGUUUACUUCUCUACAAAAUCCAGCCUUCAGGAUGACUUUGAAACAGACUUUCAUAAGCUGGCUGACAAGCUUGUGCGCGGUUUUGAGACGAGUGUCCACCAGCAAUUUGCCAUUAUUGGGAAUCUUGCCACAGAUAUCACUGCCUAUGCCAAGAACCAAAAUAAGAGCUUUCCAUUUGUUACACUUCCUGACUAUAAUGUGCGAGCAGGAGAGCUGGCCGAGAUAGCUGGUCUUGCAACCUUGGUAUUGUUCCCUAUGGUCGAAGAGACUGAUCGAAAAGACUAUGAAGCCUACACAGUUGCAAAUCAAGGCUGGAAAGCUGAUGCAUGCACUGCAGAACUUGGUCUUUCCCCAGAAGAAUUGGGGCCCAUGCCUCCGAUUGCAAGCAGGAUCAUGAACUUGACUCGCCAGCCAACUGUUGACGAAGCUCCCUUCUUCCCCAUUUGGCAGAUUCAUCCAUGUGUGAAACUACCAAUUCAGAAUACGGACUUGUUCCACACACCACUCUACUUUGGUCCCAUCAGUCAUGCCUUGCACAAUCAUCAACCUGCCAUGUCAGCCAGUUUCGGAUUUUGGGAUAACCCUAACGCAACUGAUUGGCGCCUGCAAACCUUCCGAGAUAUCCCUGCCAUGCAAUAUCAAGAUGAUCCUGUCUUGCCUGCCUUUCAGCCCGUUUUUGAUGACUUUUAUGAUGAUGGCGACGAGGAUGCAAAGGUGAAGGCUGUACUGCUGGGAGGAGUCUAUUGGAGGGAUCAGUUUCAGCGAAUCUUACCUGAAGGGGACAAUGGCAUUGUAGUGGUAUUGGAAAACACCUGUGAUCAAGUCUUCUCUUACCAAGUCGAUGGCCAAGAUGCAGCAUUUCUGGGUCCAGGUGAUCUCCAUGACACCAAAUAUGAUUAUCUUGAAGUGGGUAUUGAAGUUGUUGUUCAUGGCAGAGGUGGGAAAGAAACCAUGAAAAUGUUUGCUGGUGUUUGUCAGUACAGUAUUCGUGUCUACCCUUCUGAAAUCUUUCAAGACAGCUACAUUUCCAAUCAACCUUUGUAUCUCUCCCUGAGCCUUGCUGCUGUCUUCAUACUGACUUCAGCAUGCUUUCUGGUGUAUGACUUUUGUGUGGAGCGCCGUCAGAGAAAGGUCAUGAAGUCUGCACAGCAGUCUGGCGCUGUUGUAGCAUCUCUGUUUCCUGAGGCCGUUCGCAGCAAACUAUAUGAAGAGUUGCACCAAGAACGAGAAUCCAAGGUGGGCAGACAGCACUCUGAUUGGAAGGACAGAUCGAAUGAGCCUAAAUCAUCUUCUUUGACUAUGGAACCCAAAGCCUCAGUCAAUGCACACUUGUAUGCUGAAUGCACAGUGUUUUUUGCUGACAUUGCUGGAUUCACGCAUUGGACUUCAAGCAGGUCACCAGAGGAUGUCUUUGACCUCCUUGAGAGCAUCUACGGAGCCUUUGAUGCAAGUGCCAGGCGUCGUUCUGUCUUCAAAAUUGAGACCAUUGGAGAUUGCUAUGUAGCAUCGACAGGCAUACCCAAUGCCCAGAAGGACCAUGCCGUGAGGAUGGCAAAAUUUGCAAAUGACUGCCUAUCAAUCUUCCAUGCCUUGGUACAAACGGAACUUUCUGAGAGGCUGGGAGUUGAUACUGCAGAACUUGGCUUACGAGUGGGUCUCCAUAGUGGCAGUGUGACUGCUGGUGUUCUGCGUGGAGAGAAAGCAAGAUUCCAAGUUUUUGGAGAUACAGUCAACACAGCUGCUCGAUGUGAAUCCACUGGGGUACCCAACCGGAUCCAAGUCUCAGAGGUAACAGCAGCUUUGAUUCGAGAUGCUGGCAAGGGAGGUUGGCUGAAAGCAAGGGAAGAUCUCGUUGAAGCAAAAGGCAAGGGCAAACUGCAGACAUACUGGCUGAAUACUUCAAACUCAGAUGCCAGGUCUGUCAAUACUAUUGGCACCAACCAGUCAGGUGAUGUUUUUGGAGAUGAAAUCGAAACUGCACCAACUCAGAGUGCAUAGGCAAAUCUUGAAACAGCGGGAUACAUGGAUUGUUAGUCCAAAAUUCCUUAGAUCACUUUACAAUAGAAGAAAGUAGCAAACCCCUGAAUGAC